ACUGCGUGUCUCCCGCACGAUCACAGAGAGGGUACUCUGUACCUAGGAAGUGACUGCCCGCUGCUUAAACUGCACAACAAUGAGCUAUCCAGGCUAUCCUCCUCAGUCCGGCUAUCCUCCUCAGGGUGGUGGAUACCCACCACAACCAGGUGCUUACCCUCCUGCAGCAGGAGGUUACCCACCUCAACCUGGGAUGUACCCUCCACAGGCAGGCGGAUACCCUCCUCAGCCUGGUGCUUAUCCACCACAGCCAGGUGCUUUUCCAGGACAGCCAGGGCAAUAUCCUUCUGUUCCCUCAGGAGGUUGGGGUGCCCCCAUUGGCCUGGAUAAUUUGCCAAAUCCUGGAUUUAAUGCAUCAAAUAUCCAAGGAAUGGCAAAUCAGUUUGCUGCCGAUGGUGGAUUUGCACCAAAUCCAUCCAUGUUCUCUGGUGGCUACCCUGGUCCUCAACCUGGGGGCCCACCAGCUGUCUCCCCUAACCAGCCCUAUGGCAUGUACCUGCAGCCAGGAGGAGGUAUGCCUCAGAAUCCAGGAAUGGGAUAUCCUGGAGGGCCACCCCCUGGUCAACAGAUGCCGAGCUACCCAAACAUCCCAGCACCCACUCCGUCCGGGCCUAGCUAUCCUAGAGCACCCUCACCCAACCCGUCCAUGCCCGGAUAUGGUGGAGGUUAUGGAGGAGGUGCACCUGCCGUUCCAGCUAUCAGUCGUGGAUUCAGAGGAUCCAUUCAAGACUUCCCUGGAGCUGAUCCACUUAGGGAUGCGGAGGUCCUCAGGAAGGCCAUGAAGGGUUUUGGCACUGAUGAACAAGCCAUCAUUAAUUUGCUUGGAAGUCGCUCCAACAAGCAGCGUGUACCUCUCUUGGUGUCAUACAAGACUGCAUAUGGAAAGGACUUGAUUAAAGAUCUAAAGUCUGAGCUUUCAGGGAACUUUGAGAAAUUGGUGUUGGCCAUGUUGAAGACUCCAUCUCAGUAUGAUGCAUAUGAGCUUAAAGAGGCCAUCAAGGGAGCAGGGACAGAUGAGGCCUGUCUGAUUGAAAUCUUGGCCUCGCGCUCUAAUGCUGAGAUCCGAGAAAUCAAUCAAGUUUUCAAAGCUGAGAAUAAGAAGUCACUGGAAGAUGCCAUCAGUGGAGACACCUCUGGACAUUUCCGCAGACUUUUGGUCUCUCUUGCUCAGGGUAACCGUGAUGAGAGUGAGAAUGUGGACAUAUCAAUAGCCAAAACGGAUGCUCAGGCUCUGUAUCAAGCUGGGGAAAAUAAACUUGGCACAGAUGAGUCGAAGUUCAAUGCCAUCCUGUGUGCCCGGAGCAAAGCUCACCUCAGAGCAGUGUUUAAUGAGUACCAGCACAUGUGUGGCAGAGACAUUGAAAAGAGCAUUGAGAGGGAGAUGUCUGGAGAUCUGGAGAGCGGCAUGCUGGCUGUCGUGAAAUGCAUCAAGAACACACCGGCCUACUUUGCUGAGAGACUCCACAAGGCCAUGAAGGGAGCAGGAACCAAGGACCGCACGUUGAUCCGCAUAAUGGUGACCCGCUCUGAAGUCGACAUGCUUGACAUCCGUCAGGAGUACGCAAAGAACUACGGCAAAUCUCUAUACACAGCCAUAUCUGGAGACACUUCAGGGGAUUAUAAGAAGUUGCUGCUGAAACUCUGCGGAGGAAGUGAUUAAAGCCUGCAGAUGUUCACAGGGCACCGUUUUCCACACUUCUUUUGCCUUACUUUCACCUGCACUCUUAAUUUCAUACCUGCAUGUUGACCAUAUUAAAUGCAACAGCACUUGUGUGCAUAUAUAUGGCACGUUACAUUUCAUACUGAUUUAUAUAUAUAUAUAUAAACUAUAGCUAUAAAUAUAUACAUGUGCCUUCUAUGCUGAAAGCAGUGCUUAGCAAGUGAUUGUUCAUAUUAGGAAAAAGUGCAUGUAUGUAUUGGAUGUUUGCUCUUUUUGCAAGUUCUUCACACAAAAAAAGUGGAUUAAGUAUUGUACACACAUUUGAAUGCCAAAAGUUUUAACACAUUGUGUUUUAGGUUAUAUAAGCAUAACAGGGAAUAAUGUGCCAUAAAUGUUAGGUUCAGUCAUUAUGUUUGGCUAUAGGAAGAUUUUUUAGUAAAGAAACAUAUUAUUUACUACGUCUAAUGCAUAGUACACACUGUUUGUUGUCGUUUCUAUUAUGAUUUUCAACCACCUCCCCUUGGAAGCAAAAAAAAGAGGUAAUGAUGGUGCUGUCUUUGUAUGCGUGUAUUUUUUCAUUUGUUUACUCUGUACAAAGUCAAACACACAUAUAUCAAAUGUUAAGUAAAUCCUCGCUGAAUGAGAUUAUAACUCAAGCGUUCAAUUCAAA